UCGCCACCUAACGACCGGGAGCGCGAGCGAGCAUAAAUAUUAGUCGAGGCUUGUUGCUUGGUUACCGUACACGAAUUCUUUUGACGGGUUUAAAUAUAUUUUUCGUAGUCGAUUUGGAGGGUGAAUAUGGUCACAGUAUGCCCUUCUUGAAGAGACCCCAGACUACAGAACCGCUUGUAAAACUCUGGGACAAAAAAGCCCAAAAAUGUGGCCCUCAUCACACUGUGUAUUCUGUCAAUGGAGAUCAAUACACAGGCGACUGGAUGGACAAUAAAAAACAUGGAAAAGGCACGCAGCUUUGGAAGAAAACAGGAAUGAUCUAUGAUGGCGACUGGAGGUGCGGAAAGAGAGAAGGCUAUGGAACCCUGAGCAAGACUGACCCUCAAACCAAAGAGUAUGUGAGGGUUUAUGUUGGUUCUUGGCGAAAUGACAAGAAGGAAGGCGCUGGGACAUAUUUCUACAGUCCGUCUGCUUUCUAUGAGGGGCAGUGGAAGGAAGAUCAGAGGAGUGGAUGGGGACAGAUGCAGUAUGAGGACGGGGAGCUGUAUGAGGGAGAGUGGCUGAAGGACAAGCAUCAUGGGCAGGGUUUGCUUCUGCUAGCUAAUGGAAACCGCUUUGUGGGCACCUGGAGCGAAGGACAGAAAAAUGGACACGGCCGGUUCUUCUACCUGGACAGAGGUCAGCUGUACGAAGGCUUCUGGGUUGACGGCGUUGCUAAGUGUGGAACCAUGUCCGAUUUUGGGAGAGAAGCAGCGGUUAGGCCAACAGCGUAUCCAAUUCCCAAGGCUUGCUUACAGGAUUCACAGGCCGUGCUGAUAGAGGCACGAGCAUAUUUCACCGAGGACAAGGAGAAAUCAACAGAGACCACGAUUCCAAGUCAUACCGUUGCUAGGCGAUAUGUACCUUGACAAUAUCCUGAAGACAAGAAAGGCAGACUUGUGCAAAGAAAUACUUUUUAUCAACCCCUCACUCACAAUAAAAACACUGUCACACGAUACAAAAAAAAAAAGCUGUUGCCACAUUUACUAGUAUUUAACAAAAUACUAAUUUUGGCUACAAAUGCACGUCAUAAAUGAUAUAAAAGAACACAAAAAGGUGUUUUGUUGAAGUUGGUUUGAUUAAGACUUUAAUUAAAAUGUAUAAAACUGUGAGUUCUGCUGUGCACUAAUAAAAAGAGCUUCUUUAAACACAACAUGGAUAUCGUUUCACAUAUUUUGGAAAAAAAAAAAUAUCACUGUUUCAAUUUGGCAAUACUGAACAUCCUAAUUAAAUGCUGUUUUAGUAUAUUUAGUGUAUGCUGCUGAUGUAACUACAUGCUUAAACGUUCCUCUGCUUAGGAACACUUUAAAAUGUGUUCGCUAGCAUAAUCGCACAAUCCUGCCAGCUCUUUAGCCGUGACUGCUCUAAGCACUUGUGUCCGACUUCAGAGCGAACAGAGGCCCCUUUAAUGGGAAGCCAUUUCAAAUACUACCAAAAAAGGUCAGACAAACACGUUGAUAAAGUGCCUUUGUUUCUACUAAGAUGUGCUCGUUCGGGGGGUUCACUUAGGGGAAAAAAUUGAGUUUGAAUAAGACUCUGAUUUUUGGUUGAUUCUGCUGUUCAACAGCGAAGCCCUGAUUCAGAACGCAUCGAUAUUAUUUGGUCAAGCGGACGUAAGAGUAAUGACUUUAAACAAGCCUCUGAUCUGUGUUUAAAAAAAAGGUGUUUGUGAUAUAAACUCAUGCCUGUAAGAAUGUAGCUUGCCUUGUGUGAAAAUAAAAACCUUGUGAGUAACAGAACUGGCACAGCUGCCAUACUGAAAUAAAGGAUUUUCCCUGGGAUAAAUAAAAAAAAUAAAAAAAAAUAAAAAGUUCACCAAAGAAAAAAAAAACACAGGUUAGAAAAUAGAUUCACCCUCAGGUCAUCCAAGAUGUAGAUGGGUUUGGAGCAAGUUUUAGUAAUUAAGAUCAGAGAAAUGAAGCAUUGCUUCACUCACCAGUGAAUGGGUGCCGUCAGAAUGAGAGUAAACAGCUGAU